CAUGGGCCCAAAUCCUCUUAGGGUUAUUCUAGUGUCGGGGUCUCCUACUUAUCCCCAAAGUAUGAGCUCAAAAGCGGUGAAUCACUUGGGGUAGUUCCCUCGUUAGUUUCAAAGACUAUAUAUUCCACUAUCGUCAUCAAAAUUGACGAGUUUUAAGGCAAAAUCCAUCCGAUUUCAGCCAAUUUCAUAAUCUUUUGAUUAAUAUUGAGAGAAAUCAAACAAUACUAUCGAAUAGAAUAUUCAAAGUUGAACACUGCUGGCAUAAAUCAUAGAUAGAAUCUGAUUGCUCUGAAUAUGGAUAUACUGAUUUCAAUCAAUAUCUUGAAUUCAAGCUCAAGAAUAACGUGACAGUAGUAUUGAUAACCCACAGAUUCAUGACAAUUGUUCAUACCAGCAAAAAAUUAACUUUGAAUAGUCUAUUCGAUAUUUUUGGUUUGAUUUCUUUCAAUACUAAACACAACGAGCAUGGAAUCGAUUGGAUUUUACCUUCAAAUUUAUAAAUUUUGUUCAGUCAAAUCAAUUGUGAAGUUUUAGCUUUUGAUAAAAUAAUCAAAACUGAGCAGACAUGUUAUAAAUAAUUGAUAUGGAAGUCAUUUAUCAAUAGAAAAAGACUAUCAUCUUUGACAACAUUAUUCAGAAACUUUCUAGUGGCUCGUUCAGUAAAGAGAAGACUAUAGGGUCCUCGCUGCAUAUUUGUAGAUGCAGUACACAUCUCGAAUUUGUUGUACAAAUGAAAGAAUAUAUUAUUGUCAUAUUAAUUGCUUAUUAUCAUUUUAGCAGUUAAAGGUUGUCAACAAGUUCGGUGUCUUAAUGGUGGUACUUGUUAUGAAAAUUUACCAGGUGUACCUAUUUCAACUCAUUGCUCAUGUAAAAAUGGAUACACUGGAAAAUUUUGUGAAAUUGAAUAUUUUCGAUGUCAAUUAAAUGGUCGUUUUACUGAUGAAUAUAAUUGUGCUAAAGGAAAAUAUUUUGAAUGUAUUCAUUAUGGAUAUGAUGGACCAAAUAAAAAUGGUGUAUUAUUAAGUCGAAAUUGCCCUUCAUCACUUCGAUAUAAUGUUCUUACUGAUCAAUGUGAUUAUGCAGCUAAUGUACCAUGUAUUGAAAGUGAAACAGAACAUUUUCGUUUUUAA